UACACCUGGUGAACUCCGCUCUCUCUCUCUCUCCCUCUCUCUCUCUCUCUCUCUCUCUCUCUCUCUGUGACGGACUCCAUUAUAACUGACCGGGAACUGACUUGCAAGUAGCAGGCAGCUAUCCAAUACGACGUUUUCGAAGGUUUUCUUCAGACUGAGGAACGUACAGGAUCGCCUAUGAACGUGUCAGCAUGGCCAGUUCAUGCAGGGACGUGCUGUGUUGCCUCAAACCGCCUUUUCUAGCGAGCUGGAGAUUCAUUGUGUGGUUUCUAUGUAAGUUCCUAGGACUAUUUGCCGUUGCGUUUUACGCAGCGCAAGCUGCGGUUUUAAUGUACGUCCUGGUGAAGCAUCCACCCCCAGACAACGUGCUCUAUUGGCUGUUCGCAAUUCCCGACGCUAUCACCUGCUUGUUCUGGCUAUAUAUGCUGGUGUAUCCCAAGUUCGAUAUGCACUCGACCGGAUAUCUAUGGAGUGCGUGGCUACUGUAUAGCGUGUUUCUGGCCGCCAAGCUGAUUCCGAUCUUCAUCUACAUUGCCAAGAACCUGAACAGUUCAGAUCGCCAUGACUUGGGCGCCAACUGGGUGAAGGCCACGGUCGGCGGGACUAGUAUGGUCUUCUUGUGCCUGGUGCUGGCCAACGAACAUUGUCACGAGUUGCAAUGCUGUAAAGGGAAGCAGCAGGAGCAGCAGCAGCAGCCGGAUGCCGGCCAGCGCACAACCGGCAUUGUCAACCACUCGUACCGCACGAACGGAGCCGAAGGCAGUGUAAGUCUCGAUAUUGCGAGGCCGCCCAAUGCAGGCACCAGCUCCGAAGCCAGCCUGACUCCACAAACACAGGGUCAUGGAAAUAGGCACGCCGCUCAUGGGCCCGAUCAUACAAUGGGUCGCGUGUCGAAUAAUGUUGUCGUGGACCUGUUCGACAAUUCUGAGUUCUUGGAUAUGCUCUUCAUGGACGGCCGCUACGUUCACAAGGACGACGAAUCCCAUGACAUGGUCGACUCCCUGAGCGGUGGCUUGGCCGAGGUAAUGGCGGUCUGCGGAGCAGUCAGCUUCCUACUGCCCACCAUUGCCCUAGUCGCCGUCGGGUCACGCCGUCGCGCCCUGGCGGCGGACAAGAGAGCAGGCGAGGCACCACCACAAGGCUGCGACUCAGGGAAUGCACCAGGUGCAGGUGACCGUGAAUCGCAGAUCACGAUAGAUCACGAUGCCGAAUUCAUUAAGUACAAGCUGGGAUACCUGUUCGCAUCCAUGGUGGCCAACCUGGCCUUCUUAGUGAUGCGAAUUAUCGCUUGGAAAAUGAAGAAUGGCAAAGUCGGAAUAUUCAUAGCCAAGAACAUAGUCUUCUUGAUACUCUAUGCCAUUGAGUUCUGUGAAACACUCCACGAAAAGAUGGACUACGACAAAAAGAAAUGAAUCCUCAUGGAGCGUAGGAGCCAAGUGGAUGGACAUCCGACUUGAUCUCUGCCCGCCUGUGUGUGCGUGUGUGUGUAAGCUGUUGAAUGGUGCAAUCCCAGCACAAGUUGCUAUGGCUUUUGCUGUAGCAUCGCUUUCAUCGCCUCCGGCGAUGGGCGUCCAAUGGUCCAAUGGUAUGUUUUUAAACUUUUGCAUUUGUGUUUAUGUAUGUACAUGCAUUUUUCUGUCGAUCAACGUCUGUGGAUACGCGAGUGUGUGUGUAUCCCCGUUUAUUUCCUACAUUUCACACCAGCUUUUUCUCAUUUCCGUGUAUAAUAAGUGCCCGCCCCCUCCACCACCACCACCACCACACUUAGAAUUUUUUAGAAUAGUAGUAGAAUUUAUUAUUUUGAUAGGAAAGGCCCUACAGACACUUCUCUCCUUCCACGUAUUCAUUGGCUCACCCCUAGCCCUUUCCCAAAUGUGCUCGCCCUUUUCGCACCUUUUUGGAAAAGCCCGGUUUUUCGCCCUUCAUGGGGCUGUUAAGUGAUGACGUCACAGUUCCUUCGAUACGCAUAACAACGAUCCCACUGGGGACAAACAAAAGUAGCGUCGUCUCCACCGACCCAGUUGUCAGUGGCAACAUAUAGGAAUCGUGUACAUUUCUUCGUUUCUUCUUUGCUGUUUUCAGUGAGUGUUUUGUUUUCUCUUUGUCCUUGAUCUCGACGAUGUUGUCGUGCUCAUUACCUUACUGAGACGUCUCUUGUGACUGUAGCCAGUGUCAUGGAGUAUUUUAUUGGCGUGACAAGGUAGAUCGCCGAGAUCGAGCGUGAAAAACGCUCUGCAUUAGUAGCUCCUGUAGAAUGUUUUCUGGGUUGGCCUAUCCAUGGUCAACAAAACCAAGGUGCAAGACAGCAUGAGAGAUCGUGUUAACGAUGUGAACUCCAAAAGAUAAUCUGGCCAAAUUUAUUGUAACUAGAGAGUGCAAUCGUGCACUGCUUGGGGCCCAUCCCAAUGUCAUCACAUGGCUGUGGUGACUAGUGUAUAUCUGGGAGAAUUUUUCCUCGACUGAUACGGAGUGCAGAUGGAUCGAUUAUGAGAAAUGCGAACAUGUGAAGUUCAAGGCUAGAUGCACUUCACAUUCGGCGUGCGAUCUCAGCGUCUGGGACCUGAUGAAGUCUUGGUUGGAUGAUUAUUCAAGCCUGAUACUACUCGACACACCAAAG